UUCAGCCUUCAAAAAUACCGGUUCCUCCAAAUUCAGACCUGCUGGAAGCAACAUCUCCAAGAAUGCAAUGCUCUCAGUUUGCAAUGUCUCACCUGUUUGAUUCAGUAGGAACCUACUGAACCAAAACCCCACAAUUCAUCUGCAAUCAGCUCAAUAGGGUUCAUCUAUUUCUGCAUAUCCUCUCAUGUCAGGUCCAGUAAAUGCAACAAAACCCAAAAAGGUGAAUCUAAUUUCUGCUUUACCAAACUGCCCCAUGACUGCCAAGCCAAAAACACCAACCCCAUUUGCAGCCUAAUUUUUGUCUAUUAAAUCCAUCUUGGCGCACACAGUGGAAGUCAUAGGCAAAGCCUUUGAUGUUACAGAGGAAGAGAGAUGGGAGAUGGGCACUGUCUGAGGGACAUGGUGCCAUUUCUGGGCAUGGUCACAGUGGAGGCCACCAAUGUAGUCUUGAAUGUCUUGUUUAAAUCAGCCACAUCUAGAGGGAUGAGUGUCUAUGUCUUCAUUGUCUACUCUUAUGCUGUUGCCACUCUCAUUCUCUUCCCUUUGCUCUUCAUCUUCAACGGAAAGAGAUUGCUUCUUCCCCCUUUCAAGUUCUCUCUCCUUUGUAAAAUAUGCAGCCUUGGAUUCAUUGGGUUUUUAGCUGAAAUAGUCGCUUAUAAGGGUAUAGACUACAGUUCUCCAACUCUUGCUUCAGUUAUCGGCAACCUCACACCAGCUCUUACUUUCAUGCUUGCCAUCUUUUUCAGGAUGGAAAAGCUAGCUUUGAGAAGCUUGAGUAGCUGGGCUAAAAUCACAGGGACCAUAGCAUCAAUAUCAGGUGCAUUGAUAGUAGUUCUUUACAAGGGCCUUCAACUCACUUCAACUUCUUCUCCGUUGCAAUUCAUUUCACUUCAUCAGCCUCUAAACUCACAGCAAAUGAAAUGGGUCAUUGGUGGCCUUUUACUUGUUGCUGAAGACCUUUUGGUUUCAAUCUGGUACAUUGUUCAGGCCCAAGUGAUGGAGGUGUACCCAGAAGAGCUAGUUGUUGUCUUCUUGAGCAACCUAUGCUUGACCAUCAUAUCUGCGCCAGUAUGCCUAAUUGCAGAAAAAAACUUGAGUGUUUGGAGAGUUGAACUUGAUAUAGCAUUGGCUGCUAUUGUUUUCUCUGCAUUCUGGGGGUCUGCCUUUGGAAUGGUUGUACCCACAUGGGUUGUGCGCUUGAAGGGCCCUGUCUAUGUUGCAAUGUUCAAUCCAUUGUCCAUUGUCAUUGCAACCGCCAUGGGGGUUAUGUUCCUUGGCGAUACUUUAUAUCUUGGAAGCAUCAUAGGAGCGAUAGUAAUAUCCAUUGGGUUUUAUAUUGUAACCUGGGGAAAGGCAAAAGAAGAGACAAUUGAGGACUUUGGAGUUGGAAGCUUGGAAUCCUUGUCUAACCCAAAGAUCCCUCUGUUGCUAAGCUGUCAAAGUGAAGUAUAGGAUAUAUAUAUGAUAUAUAAAAUUCAUUAUUGUCAAAAUGUAAAUUGUUUUCUGAGUAUCAUUUUUCCGAAAUAUCGAAAGAGUCAUUGGCUGGAGUGUAGCAGAAUCAUGGAAACCAGUCUUUCUGUAUGCAUUCACACCUGGAAUAGAGGUACAAUAUGGGUUUCAUGA